CCCCAAUCAAACCUUUCAAAAGCUGAGCCACCGGCAGUCUGACGUGACUCAGUCGCUGGAUUAUUACCACUGACACUUCAAUGCUGAAAAUAAACACAUCGGGUGCCGAUCAUCAUUAUUGGCUGUAAGUACUGUACCUCUCUGUAGGCUCAACAUGGCAGCUGCUGUACAGGUGUCCCUCCUAUGCUGCCUCCUUCACGGUGUCGUAUGCCAGCAGUGGGCAUCCUUCAUGCCUCAGAGAGUGGAGGGACUGAGUGGAUCCUGUGUGACGGUGCCCUGCACCUUCAGCUUGGCCUCGGGUUGGGAUCCAUACCUGGAUGAGUCCUGCGUCGCCAUCUGGAAGAGAGGCCGGCGUGGAACAGUGGUGUUCCACUCCGGUCGCACACCGGGCCAAAACAUCCUCCAGGGGAAACUGACGGGCAACCUGCGUGACAAGAAUUGCACCACCGUCUUCGACAACCUGCCGUCAGACGAUUACAACCAAUAUUACUUCAGACUGGAGUGUGACAACAACUUGAAGCUCAACUUCCCAUCGAGCGUCCUCAUCACCACUCAGGAUUCCCUACCUAGACCUGUCAUCACUCCAUCCCGGCUGGAGGUGGAUGAAGGAUCUCCCGUGAGGUUGACGUGCUCGGCCGUGGCCCCGUGCGCCAUUCUUCCCCCGGCUUUGACUUGGACCCCGACAAUCGGAGACAUCGAGGAGAGCGUAGGAACGACAUCUGUGACAUCUGUUCUGAACUUCACGGCGUCCUCCCGCCGCGAUGGACGCCGCUUCUCGUGCAGCGCCCUCCACAACCGACAAGCUGGCAACAGUGACCUCCUGUAUGAAAACAAUGUGACCCUGCGUGUGCUUUAUCCUCCUCAUAACACAUCGGUCAGCUACUCGGGUCCUGUGACAGAGGGCAGCUCCGUGACCUUGACCUGCAACACCAACGCGAAUCCAGCCGUGGACCGCUUCAUCUGGUACAGAGUGGAUGGAGACCAGGCGACCGCGGUGGGUUUGUGGAAGCGGCUUUCCGCCGCGGUCUCGGAAGAGAACAGCACAUUUUACUGCCAAGCCGGCAACGACCGCGGGAACCAGAACUCAGCCACCACUCAGAUCGACGUACAAUUUCCUCCCAAGGAAACCACGGUGAUCGUCAACGCCAGCCGCCCCGUGCUGGAGGGCAGCUCGGUGUCUCUGCUCUGUCGGAGCCGCGCGAACCCGACCGUGACCCGCUACACCUGGUACAAAGACGACGAAGAGGAGGAGGAGGAGCUCGGGUCGAGCUUCGUGGUGAACGCCGUCGCCCCGAGCCACAGCGGGGACUACCGCUGCGUGGCGACGAGCGCGCUGGGAGAGGGAAGUUCAGCUCCGACUCAGCUGGACAUUCAGUAUCCCCCUAAGAACACCUCGGUGUCCGUCGACCCCUCCGGUCCAGUUCUGGCCGGCAGCUCCGUCACUCUGACCUGCACGAGCAUCGCCAAUCCAGCGGAGGUCAACAUCACCUGGUUCCGAGUGGCCGGAGGAGAAAAGGAGGCGAUGGGCUCCGGGCGGGACCUCGCUCUCAACGUGACCAAACUCUCGGAGGACCGGUUCUACUGCCAGGCGCUGAAUGUCCACGGGGCCGAACACUCUGAUCUCACCAGUAUCGAUGUCACAUUCGCUCCAGAGAUUCUGCCCGAGUCACGCUGCGUCACGAUGUCAUCCCUGAUCCGAUGUUUCUGCGACAGCCAGGGGAACCCGCCUCCCUCCCUGAUUUGGGAAUUGGCCGGGGAGGCUGUCAAUCACUCUUCCGCCAUCCCGAUCCAGAAAGUUCCCCUCGGGUCCGUGGGUACGAGCAGCGUCAUCACCCUGCACCAUCCGGACGAAGCCACGCCCUCUCUGGUGUGCGUCAGCAUCAACUCGCUGGGCUCCCACCGUUUUGUAUUCAACUUGUCCUCCAGCGAACCUCAGCGAGGCCUCCAUGCUUUGUCUCUGUUCAUCGGCUCUGCAGUGGGAGCCGUGGGGAUGCUGCUGCUGUGUGUCCCGCUGUUGAUAUUAUUUAGCAGGAAAAGGAAAAUAAGACUUUCACCAAAUAUGAGAUUGGAGGACACUUCCGACAUUUUAGUCUCUAAUGGGCCCGUCUCUAUAUGAUCUCGUGGAGAUCGAGAAGAAACUGAGGGAAGCCAAGACGGAGAGAGAGAGGCUGCUCCGAGAGAGGGAAGAGCGCCGGUGGAGUUUGUUGGAGGAGAGAAGGCAGAAAGAGUUAAACUCUUCCCUAACCGAAGAAGAGCAGCAAGACAGCCCACGC